GGCUGUGUGAGGCGCUUGUGGGCACUCAGUGAGGGGGAAGCAGGUUUUUCAAUUGACACCCAUCUGUGAUCUCCGCCGUGCAAGAUGAGUGGCGUAGCGCUUGGAAUUGAGAUAGUCUCCGUGUUUUUUCUGGCUCUCUUCCUUCUGCACCGAUAUGGAGACUUUAAAAAGCAGCACAAACUUGUCAUUGUGGGCACUCUGUUAGCCUGGUAUCUGUGUUUCCUUAUCGUUUUUAUUAUACCUCUGGAUGUCAGUACGACGAUAUACAACCGAUGUGUUGCAAGACAUGCUGUGACUCCUGCACCCAGCAACAUAAGUGUACUUAGCCCCACUCCUGGGAUUGUAUCGAACACCACCGCUCAACACCAUCUGCCUAGUGCUGACAAACUAAGGAGCAGCGACAAUUCACUGGAGGAGUGUUCCAAGCCAUGGAGCUACAUUCCCAGGGGAAUCAUGCCAAUCUUCUGGCGGGUUGUUUAUUGGACAUCACAAUUUCUUACUUGGAUUCUCAUGCCGUUCAUGCAAUCCUACGCUCGCUCUGGAGGCUUUUCCAUUACAGGAAAGAUUAAAACAGCUCUGAUUGAAAAUGCGAUUUAUUAUGGCACCUACUUGUUAAUCUUUGGAGCGCUAUUAAUAUAUGUUGCUGUCAACCCUAAUUUACAUCUGGAAUGGUACCAACUGCAAACCAUUGGGAUAGCUGCGGCCAACACUUGGGGUCUGUUCCUCCUUGUUCUCUUGAUGGGAUACGGUUUGGUAGAAAUUCCUCGCUCCCAAUGGAAUGGAGCAAAGAAGGGCUACUUACUGAUGAAAACCUACUUCAAGGCAGCUAAGCUCAUGACUGAGAAGGCAGACGCAGAAGAGACAUUAGAGGAUGUCAUGGAGGAAGUUCGCAAAGUCAAUGAAUGUAUUAAGUACAACCACCCUCUGCGCAAAUGUGUUGAUACCAUUUUAAAGAAGUGCCCUGCCGAGUACCAGGAGAAGAUGGGGAGGAACAUGGACGACUAUGAAGACUUUGAAGAAAAGAAUAUCAGUUAUCCUAGUGAAAAAACACUAGUGAAACUUCACAAGCAGGUGAUCUAUGCAGUUCAGAGACAUCGCCGGACACAAGUGCAGUGGAGCAUUCUCCUGGAACAAGCCUUCCACCUGGAGGACGUGGCUAAGAAUGAAACAAGUGCAGCAAAGCAGUUUGUCCAUACCUUCCCCCACCAGGAGCCAGAAAGCUGGAUCAUGCGUCGUCUGUACACCCCUACAAUUGAAUGGUACUGGGAGUGCCUCCUCCGGCCCUGGUGUUCCAGAAUACUGGCUGUUAUUUUGGCUUUAUUCUCCACCGUAGUUGUGUGGUCAGAGUGCACGUUCUUCAGUGCUAAGCCAGUCCUGUCUCUCUUUGCUGUGUUUAUACAACAAGCUGAACAAACGCACAACUACAUUUAUGUUGAGGUGGUCUGCUUCCUUUCCAUAUUCUUCUUGAGCAUCUGUGUUUACUCAACGGUCUUCAGGAUUCGUGUGUUUAACUAUUAUUAUUUAGCAUCUCAUCACCAAACUGAUGCCUACAGCCUUCUGUUCAGCGGCAUGCUGUUCUGCCGUUUGACUCCUCCUUUGUGUUUGAACUUCUUGGGACUGACUCACAUGGACGUAUCAAUCUCUCACCAGAAUAUUGAGCCAACCGCAUACACAUCUAUAAUGGGAUCUUUAAGAGUUUUGCCUCUUAUUGCUGAUGUAUUUUAUAUAUACUACCCCAUGCUGGUUCUGAUUCUCUGCAUUGCAACAUAUUUCAGUCUGGGAACUCGUUGUUUGAAUUUACUCGGGUUUCAGCAGUUCAUGGGUGACAAUGACAUGACGUCAGACCUAACCGACGAAGGGAAGGAGUUAAUUAAAAGAGAGAAAAGGAAGCGACAGAGACUAGAAGACGGUGAAACACGUAGGAGGGAGUGGAAAGAGCGCUAUCCUACUAAUAGAGAAGACACCAGCCGGAACCGAAGCGUGAAUUCAGACCAGAAAGAGCCUACUUACACUGAAAUGACCACAAACAGAUCAUCCAAAUACACCCGAGCUAGCAACAGAACAGAAAGAGAUCGAAUAGAACUGCUGCAGGAUGCAGAACCCUUGGAUUUCAAUGCUGAUUCCUUUAAUGAUGAUCCACUUGAUUCAGAAUCAGGAAGAUACCAACCUGGAGGACGGUAUUUAUCCAUGUCUCAAUCGAACAGCAGAAUUUUUGACGACGUAUAAACCUGAAGCACAUGGACCACAAUAUAACCUUUUCGAACAUGGGACAUAUCCAAAUCCUUCGCAUAUACCCAGGAUCAUAUUAAAAGCAUGGUAUCCAAUUAUCUUUUGGAAGGCAGAAUUGCCGUUGCUUCCUUGUAAAGUGGCCUAUGAGAUCCUCGUUUACAAUUGGCUUUAACGUAUGGUGUCUGUAAGGUACUGGGCAGUGUCUAAUGUGUUUAUCUGUCCACUGUUAGACUUCAAUUCCCACAAGUACUACUACUGCAAUCUAAAAAAAAAAAAAAA